UGGCCCCUGUGCGCCGGGCGGGCUGGGGCCCCGGAGCCUGCGCCUCCUGCUUUCCCGCCCGCCAUGGAGCGGCGGACGCUGCCUCCCGGCGGCGCGGCGGCGGUGGACGAGUACCUGGAGUACCGGAGAAUUGUUGGUGAGGAUGAUGGAGGGAAACUUUUUACUCCUGAAGAAUAUGAAGAAUACAAAAGAAAAGUCCUACCUAUGCGUUUACAGAACAGAUUAUUUGUGAGCUGGCGAUCACCCACUGGAAUGGAUUGUAAACUUGUGGGUCCAGAGACACUGUGUUUUUGUACACAUAGGUAUAAGCAACAUAAAACUGACUUUGAAACGAUUCCUGAGCAGCGUCCCAUCAGUCUGCCUUGUCAAGUGAUGGGCUGCCAGUGCAGGGCUUACCUCUACGUGCCUCUGAACGGCACGCAGCCCGUUCGCUGCAGGUGCAAGCACUUUGCGGAUCAGCACAGCGCCGCGCCUGGGUUUAUGUGCAAUACCUGUUCUAAGUGUUCAGGAUUCCAUAGUUGCUUCACUUGUGCUUGUGGUCAGCCUGCAUAUGCCCAUGACACGGUAGUGGAAACUAAGCAAGAAAGACUGGCUCAGGGAAAACCAGUGGGACGGGAUGUUCCUUAUGCAGCAAUGGGAGGAUUAAUUGGCUUCAGCUCGCUGGCAGAAGGCUACAUGCGAUUAGAUGACAGUGGAAUUGGUGCACCUUUGGUUGAAUUUUUAGACUCUUCAGUUACGGCCAUGGACCACCCAUUUCUAAAAUCAUUUCAAGCAUCAUCUAGCUCUUCUCCAGAAACACUAACAGAUGUAGGUACAAGUAGUCAAGUUUCUUCCUUAAGGAAAUCUGAAGAGGACGAUAUGGCUUUCUUUGAAAGACGAUACCAGGAAAGGAUAAAAAUGGAAAAGGCUGCUAAGCAGAAAGGAAAAGCACUAUUGCCAUCAACUACGAAACCUUCAUGAAGACUACUGGGGAAAUUAAAACCAGCAUCCAAAUGUGUCUUUUGUGUGUUAAUUAUUUAAAUAUAAUAAUAGUUUAUUUUUCCUCAAAUUAUUUACUUCUUUUUCUGUGUAAAAAUGUCUUUUUGAAUAUUUCCUCAAUUUAUUUAAAUAAGUGAAAAUACCUUAUGUUACUUUUGUCAAAAUUCAUGAUUUAUUACUUUAUAUAAACUUUUUUAUCUCUCCUAACAAAUGAAGUUAUUUGCAUGUUAGUCAAAACCUUAAAGUACAGUAAAUAUUUUUAGUUUAUAAUAAUUUAAUUUUUUCAGGCUAUUUAAAAAAUUAAAGAUGCUAUUGAGG